CAGGAUGCAGUGAUGUUGAAGAAACUGGUAAAAUCCAAGAAGAAUGAGUUGUGCAAUUCUGAUAGAAGUGCAGGAAGAUCUACCAGGCCAAAGAGGAACCCAGGACCAAGACUCUCUGCCAUCUGUGCAGCCCUGAAGUACCCCGAGGAUGAAGAGGAGGAGCUGAGUGAGAUAGCCAGCUGUCAUGACCAGCUCAGUCAGAUGGAUUAUGAGGAGGAUUCAGCAGAGGAGGGCUCUGUGACAGAACCAGAGGAAACUGUGCAGUGGGUGCUGUUUAAUGCAGUGAAGAAUGCCAAGAACUCCUUGGGCCAGGGAUUGGCAGACCCCUUCUUGAAGUUGCCCAACAGAAGGUUCUACCCUGAUUACUAUGAGGAAAUUCAUCAUCCAAUGGCUAUGAUGCAGAUCAGGAAAAAGAUAAGGCAAGGGAAAUACAGCUGCCUGGAAGAGUUGUCCUCAGAUUUUGAGCUGAUGUUUAGGAAUGCCCAGCAGUAUAACACAGAUGAGUCCAGAAUCUAUAAGGAUGCUGUGAGACUGCAGAAGAUAAUGAGGACCAAGAAAAAGGAGCUUGAGAAAUUGGAGAUGAAGGAGGUAUUAGAGGAUUUACCCUCGUAUGAUUUGGAGAAGGAAGUCCAUGGUUCAGAAGAUGAAGAAGAGCAGUCAGCCACUGUAACUGUAACUCCAAAGCCUGAAAAAGAGAGGAAGAAACCAGGCCGCAAACCCCUGCCCUACGAAGAGGCUUUGAAGAAACGGAUCAAUGUUCUCUAUGAUACAGUAUUUAACUUCCAGGAAGAAAACCGCUCGCUGAUAGAUAUCUUCAUUGAGCUACCUUCAAAGAAGGAAUACCCUGAUUAUUAUCAAGUCAUCUCAGAACCCAUUGACAUGAAUACCAUCAAGACUAAGAUAAUGGAAGAAAAGUAUACUACAGAGCAAGCCCUGAUAGCAGACCUCAAGCUGAUGUUCAGUAAUGCCAGACAUUACAAUGAGGAGUCUUCUCUGGUCUACCAAGAUUCACAGACGCUAGAAAGAGUGCUGAAACAGAAGAUAAGAAACCUCACACCACUGUCACCACCCUCUAAACAAGGACAGAAGAAUCGUCCUAAAUCCAAGAGUUUGUCUCCACUGGCUCAGAAGCUACAGCAAGUCUAUGACAUCAUAGCCAACUUCACAGACUCCAGAGGCAGAGUACUGUGUCCUCCCUUUAUGAAGUUGCCUUCCAGAUUGGAAUAUCCUAACUACUACGAAGUAAUCAAGAAGCCUAUAGAUAUGCAGCACAUCUUUGGCAAGAUGACAAACAACAAGUACGAGAGCCUGGAAGACCUGGUCUCUGACUUUGUCCUCAUGUUUGACAAUGCUUGCAAGUUUAAUGAGCCAGACUCUCUCAUAUACAAGGAUGCCCUCACACUGCAGAGAGUGUGUCUGGAGAAGAAAGGAGAGCUGCAAGAUGAGGAAGAUGAUAACGAGGUCCCAGAUGUGAAAGCUGUGGUGCUGGAAAUGAUGACUAAUCUCUUCAUUUCUGUCUACAACUACCAGGAUGAAGAAGGUCGUUGCUAUAGUGACUCCUUUGCUGAGUUGCCCUCAAAAGAGGUUGCAGAACAGGAGGGAGAGCAACCAGUUGUGACUGUAAAACCUCUUACAUUUGACCAAAUCAAAAGAAAUUUAGACAGGGGAAGAUAUCGCAGACUGGACAGAUUUCAGGAAGACAUGUUUGAAGUGUUUUCAUACGCACGCAAGGUUAGUCGCACAGACUCCCAGCUUUACGAAGACGCUGUUGAAAUGCAGAUGUUUUUCAUCAAGAUUCGUGACGAGCUCUGCAAGAACGGGGAGCUCUUGUUAACGCCUGCACUCAGUUACACCGAGAAACACCUGCAGAGUGCGCUGGAUGAGGAGAAACAGGAGAAGCUGCCAAAAGAGAUGCGUGAAGAUGAAGAAAAGAAACAGGCAGAAGAAACAAACAAAAAAGAACAAGAAAAAGAACAAGAAGACAUUGGUGAGAACAGUGUGAGUUAUGGUGGUCAGACUUAUUCAGUGGGAGACUUUGUGUACAUUGAACCAAGGGAGAAAGGAUUAGAACCUCACAUUGUGUGCAUAGAGCGCCUGUCUACUGAGCCCACUGGAGAAAACUUCCUCUAUGGCUGCUGGUUUUGUCGACCAAAUGAAACAUAUCAUCUGGCCACCAGAAAGUUUCUUGAAAAGGAGGUGUUCAGAAGUGAUUUCUCAGACAGAGUUCCUCUAAACAUAGUGCUGGGCAAGUGCUUUGUCAUGUUUGUCAAAGACUACUUUAAAAUGAAACCAGAGGGUUUCCCAGACAAGGAUGUUUACGUCUGUGAAUCAAGGUACUCUGCAAAACACAAAGCAUUCAAAAAGAUCAAGAUCUGGCAGGUGCCUCGAAACGAGAGCGUGAAAAUUGUCCCACGAGAACAGAUGCUAACCACAGUACGCGUGGCCUCUGUGUUUGCAGAGAAAAUGGUGGGAGGCAAGGAAGACAUUGGAGAUGAUGGACAGCCGUUUUUGCUAGACAAGCGGAGAAGUGUUGUCAUUCAGGAAGUAGCCACUCCUGAGGAAGGAAUAACAUACUAUGAGCAGUUCAUAGCUCCUAAUGGCUGCUUCAAACUAGAUGAUCAUGUCUAUGUGAAAACGGAGAGGGAAAUGCCUAUCAUUGUCAAGAUAGACAAGAUGUGGGCAGACCAGAGGGGUGCAGUGUACAUUCAGGGCCCAAAGUAUUUGUAUCCUCUAGAAGUGGAGCAUCCACCUACCAGACUGUUCUUCAGAAGAGAGGUUUUCCACAGUGACACGGAGCCCAUUACAUACUCACUGGCUAAUAUAGUGGGGAAGUGUGCUGUGCUUUUCUACAAGGAGUUUUGUACAAGCCGACCCACAGAAUACCCAGAGAAAGAUGUGUAUGUCUGUGAGUCCAAAUAUGUGGAGGCAGAAAAAACUAUUAGGAAAAUGUCCAAAAGCUCCAAGAAAAUUACUUUGUCACCUAAAGUCACAGAUGAUGAAAUCUACUUCUUUAGAAAGUCCAUCACACCUAAGAAGGUGCCAUCACCUCAUCUUCUGGCUGCAGUUGAUGAGCCAGCAGACGACAUGGCAUCUGAGAUGACAGAGGCGCCACCUAGUAACAUGGAUGAAGACAGCAUGAUGGAGCACAGCUUCAGUUAUAACACCAGUUUUGAUGAAUUACAUGCAAGGCCUGCUACGCCAUCUUCAGCAUCUGUUGAGGGAAAGCCAGCUAAGAAGGUGCAAAAGAGGAACCGUAAGCCCACAGGAUAUAUCAUAUACGCAGCUGAAGUGAGGAAGAAACUCAAGGACCAGCAUCCUGACUACUCAUUUGGAGAGCUCAGUAAAGUGGUUGGGAACAAUUGGAAGAGUCUUCCAGAUGAAGAAAAGAGGCGCUAUGAGGAAAAGGCCAAGAAACAGGCAGAGAUCAACGAUGCUAAAAGGGCGGCAGAGGCCGAGGCCCAGGCAGCUCAGUCUCCAGUCCCAGGGUACAGGACAGGGUCCCCGGGGGUGGCUGGACAUGGCCAGAUGACCCCAGGGAUGUAUCCCCAGCAACACAUGCAAGGUUAUCCUCCUGGUUAUCCUCAGCAGCAGCAGAGGUAUCCCAACCAGAUGCCCCCACCCCAGGGCAUGCAACCAAUGCAUGGGAUGCAGUACAUGGGCCAAGGUAAUGAUGAUGAUGAUGGUAAUAAAUACAGUGGGCUGUGUUCUUAUAUAAAGGAAAUUGUGUAUGUGUAUGUGUUCAGCUAUCACACUGUAGAUGGUGACUGUGUUAGUUGUGCUCAGUUAGCAUAAUAUAGAGGUCAUUGUGUUAUUGGUUCAACUAACACAUUAUAUAGGCCAUUGUGUUGCUGGGUUCAUAUAGCAAAAGUGUAGGGGGAUUAUAUAAAUUUUUUAAUAUUGCUUGACUAAAACAUGUUUCAGUCAGUGUGGUUCAACAAGUUACUCGUUUACAGUAUUUUGUGUUGUUGCAUUGUUGUUAUUUAGCCAGUGUUAGAGACAUUAUAAUGCAUGGUUGUAUUUUGAUCCACAUCACUGUUUGCAGCAUGUUAUUGAAUAUUUUUAUUAUCAUAUUAAGUGUAGACUAUAUCUCCUUAUAGCCACCCAUGUUUAUGCU